CCGGCGUUGUUUUUAUAUGGAAUGCUUUGCAGUGAAAUUUGACCCUGACUUCGCCCGAAAGUGUUUUUAUUUCGACCCUAUGUAUAUGCUCGGCGGAUUCGACCAAUAGCAGGAGAGAGUGCGGUUUUAAAUGUUCUGCUUGUUUCUCAGCUGUUUCAUCUGUGACACACAUAAAGCUGUGUGAAGUGAAUAGCGGCAGACGAUUAAUAGCGAGCAGGGAGUGUGUUUUAUUUCCGAGCGGAAUUUAUUCUAGUCUGGUCAUUUUUCGGAGAGUGCGUUCGUUGAUCGGAGUUUUGUUUUCAUUUCGUUUUCUGGGUGCUUCAUUAGUAAUUCCAAAAUGGAAGCUAUUAAGAAAAAAAUGCAAGCUAUGAAGUUGGAAAAGGAAAACGCCGUGGAUAGAGCGGAAACGGCUGAACAAGCUGCCAGGGAAGCUAAUAUUCGAGCUGAAAAGGCAGAAGAAGAAAUUCGAGCUCUGCAAAAGAUGAUCAAAAAUGUAGAAAAUGACUUAGACAGAGUUCAAGAAGACUUUCUACAGAGUAACACAAGACUAGAGGAAAAGGAUAAAAUCGUUCAAAAUGUGUGA